AUGGAGGACCAGGAUUCAGCAUUUAUCAAACAGGCUACGGAGGCAAUAGUGGACGUAUCAUUGAAUGUAGAUAGCAUAGAUCCAAUAAUAAAAGAAUUACUACAAAGGGUAAGAAAUAUGCAAAACAAGUCACAAAACAGAAAAAAUUCACUCACAUCAGCAGAAAAUAGCGUUGAUAAUAGUAAUCACAGUGGAAAUGUGAAGAUCGAAAAAGAACACAGCUCAUCCAAAACUAGCAAAAGUAAAUCUCAAGAUCGUCGAGAUAGUACUGGUGAAAAGAAAUUCAGAUGUGCGAAAUGUUCGUUGGAAUUUUCAAGGUCAUCAGACUUAAGAAGACACGAGAAGACACAUUUUGCCAUAUUACCUAACAUUUGUCCUCAAUGUGGCAAAGGGUUCGCAAGGAAGGAUGCAUUGAAGAGGCACUAUGAUACAUUAACAUGCAGAAGAAACAGAACUAAAUUACUGACUGCUGGCGGUGAAAGUAUUAAUGAAUUAUUGAAAAAGGUCAAGCAGUCCAAUAUCGUUAAUCGUCAGGAGAACAAUAACAAUAGUACUAAUGAUUGA